CUGGUCGGUGGCUUUGCUUCUUUCAUUGGUCCUCUUCAUACUUGGGAUAGUUUUCCUUGUGCUGUUACUCACUCCAAAUCUGUUCGGGGUUGAAGAGGAUAAUGGCGGAAGAGGCAGUGGCAGUAGCAGCAGCGGCGCCGGCGGAUCAUCAUCUUCAGGUUCUAAGCCGGAUCCUACACCCGAUUCUGAACUGGAUUACCCUAUCAAUCCUGUUCCUCUCCCAGCACCGACAAGUACAACGACUACGACGACAACAACGACUACAACGACCACAACGACAACAACGACAACAACGACUACGACGACAACAACGACUACGACGACAACAACGACUACGACGACAACAACGACUACAACGACAACAACGACUACAACGACAACGACUACAACGACAACCACAACCAAGCUGCCACGUCCAAUCCUUCGGUUAGUUGACCAUUCUCUGAUCUGCCAACUGACGGAUCACACGGACGUAAAUACUAUACUUCCCGAGGACGGCGUCUGUGACAUGCUAUAUAUGGAUGUGAGCGUCGAACACUUAUUAGUGGGAUCAACAUCACUGGAGAAGUACUACAAAGAAUCUCAACAGAAACCAAACACCCUCUACGGAUUGAGCAUCAGUACAUACGAACUGACGCAUACUGAGGCUAGCAGCGUUGUACAACUCAGUCUCGCGACGGACCGUCUGCGUACCGGGUGGGAAAACUGGGUUCGCCACUACGGAGCGAACAUCGAACUGGAUACAAAAUUCGGGGACAAGUUUAUAAGACUCACCAACAGCUGGCUGGAAUCACUAAGCAACUUGGCGAAACAGUUCAACAACGCCGACAAAUACCCCCAAUACCCCAACUACAUAGUGGUACGUGUGAACCCAAGAUUCAAGCGUGGUUCAAAUGACACUGAAAAGUGGGCUGAUGUCAUGCAGAAAAUACUCAAUACCGGUGUAGUAGACGCACUCGUGCUCAACCCCGUCGUAGAUUCAGCCUUGAAAAGUGGAGCACAAUAUGUGGUAACAUCAGUGGCGCCUUGGAGUAACGACAUCACCUUGAGAUAUCCAAACUAUGAAGGCGUAUUGAAUCUUCUCACGAACUUGAACAUGUUAUCCGUGAAACCCUUCCUCGCAUUUGAUGCAAAGGCGCUACAGUUUAUAGCGGACGACAAAAUUCCAUUGACGAAAGAUACCAGAGACGGCACAGUGGCUAAAGAGCGGCACUACCAGGAUCGAACUACAGCGUGCGGUUUCUACCAGGCUGCGGGUACGUCAUCUCGUGUGGAUAGCGCAACACUGUCGACGUACUUUCAAAGACUGAACGAUACUGACUUGUUUGUAUUUGAUACACCUCAAAAUAUGGCGUCUAAGGCGUGCAUGGCUGCCCAACGACACCAGUUCCAAGGAGGAUACAGCGUCUUCACCACCGAGUACGCUGAGGGUGAAAAAUGUGACCCAAUCAAGUUAGAGAACGGCACCGAGAUCAAAGGCAAACAUGCCAUCAUGCGCUACAUUAGGACUCUGACAACUAGAACGUUCGGAGGAGCAGACUGUGCUCAAGUUCCCGUUUGAUCCACAUGGCUGCUGAUAUGUCUGUGUGAAUGCCACAGGCGCGAACUGUGUCACUAGAGCGGCAUUUGUUGCGAUAUUAUUGCACUGUUUCA